GACCGUGUGCUAGUAGUUUGCCCUGUAAGCACCAUUUUCAAUUGGAUUAAUGAGUUCAAGCUUUGGCUUCCAACAUCUUCGGUCGUCAAGGUGUAUGAAAUGGUGAACAGCAAAGACAAUCCCUCACGAAUGGGCGUGCUACGCAGUUGGAUGGAAAGUGGAGGAGUCAUGGUUAUAGGAUAUGAGAUGUACCGUAUUCUAACCGACAAAACCAACCCCAAGAUUAAUGUUGAAGACCGAGUAGUUAUCACAUUUUCUCUAGUCGAUCCUGGGCCUGAGCUCGUCGUUUGCGAUGAGGGGCACACACUAAAAAACGAAAAAUCCGCUAGCAAGAUUUCGACGCGACGAAGGAUUACCUUAACUGGGACUCCAAUACAGAAUAAUCUUCUUGAGUACCAUGCUAUGGUACAAUUUGUGAAACCACUUUUGCUUGGGACUGCCGCACAUUUCACUGAUUUUUUUGCCAAACCCAUAAAUAACGGGCAGUCCGCCAGGGCUAGCGGAUUUCCAUGAGUUGGAACGGAUCUGCACACAUCCCAAGGCACUGACCGAUACUCGAAUUACCGAUAACGAAGAAAAUCAUGAAACGGAAGCUCCUAUCCAGCGCCGAUCCAGCACCUGGUGGUCUCGACUGUUCAGAGACGAAGAUAUGUCGAGGAUGGAACAUAGCGCGAAAAUUACUUUACUUGUCGAUAUUCUUCGCCGGUGCAAGAUGAGCGGGGAGAAAGUCCUGGUUUUUAGCCAGUUUCUUCAUACUUUGAAUUUUAUCGAGGAAUUUCUCGCAGGCGAGGAUGAAAGAAACAGAACGAUCCCGGAAAACAACGAAACUAUUUCUCAUUUCCACUAAAGCUGGUGGCGUCGGGAUAAAUUUGGUAGUCGUAAACCGUGUCAUUCUUUUUGACGCGUCGUGGAACCCGUCGCAGGAUGUCCAAGUAUCUUCCGCGUUUAUCGUUUGGGUCAAACGAAACCAUGCUUUGUUUAUCGCUUCAUCGCACAAGGGACAAUUGAAGAGAAAAUUUAUGAUCGACAAGUCACAAAGCAAUCGCUAUCAUGCCGAGUGAUCGAUGAACAUCAAAUUAAACGUCAUUUCAGUAAGGGGGACUUGAAUAAGUUGUAUACAUACAAUCCCAACAGUCACCUAAAUCGACCAUCUUCACCGAAGCCAAGAGACAGUCUGUUGGCUGACCUCGCCCUCGAAAGAAAGGACUGGCUUCUUGCUUUUCAUGAACACUUCAUUUUUAACAUUUCUCAUCGCUAGGUGGCAGUUCGGUAUGUUUAUUGUUUUGACACGAAGAGUCAAAUUUCAACAAAGUUUUUGUCUGCUUAAAAUUGCGUUUGAAAAAAAUAAAAUAAACUAGCGAAAAUA